GUUCCUUCCGCACAUACCGGCAAUAACACCCGGAAAACAGAUACCCACUGAGCCUGAGAAAGCAUAGGAUAAAAGCUAUGCAGUGUGAUGUAUAAAGUCAGACGCCGAAGCGUCUCCGUCUCUCUCUCCACAGUCCGUCCCAUCCACUGAUGGUUUUCAUUAAAGGAAAUUAAAGGCAAUACUUUGUGUCACAUUUUCAGUGAACGCUGAAGUUCUAAAACUCCAUUUUCGCCCCGAGCAUUUUUUACAUCCUAGAAUUUCACUCACUACAACUAAACAGAGAUGGCUGAAUCAGAAUCUCAGGAAGGAAACUAUGAUAACAGGGGAAACAAGGUGGAGAUCUUCAAAACAGACAUGGAAGAACUUACGGAGAAAAUGGAAAAACAAACCGUGUGUGCAGCCCAGAUGGCCUAUGACUGUGUAGCUAUCCGGACCGACCCAGACCUACAAAAUGCCAUGCAGCACUUGAAAGAUGUCUUCCUGAUAUGCAAAGAGCAGAUGGAAAAGAAAUGGCAAGACGUUCUAAUGGAAUCUAGAGGUGAUGGGCAAAAAAAGGAAUAAAUUGAAAUUGGUCAUGCUGGCAGAAUAACAUCCCUUGGAAAAUCACUUAGGUCCUUUUUUCUCCCAGCUUUGAAGAUUGCACAGGCACUGUGGGAAAUGGAUAUUCUUUCCUCUUGCUAAGAACUCAUUUGUGAAUGUCUGUGGAUGUAUUUUAAUAA